UAAAGGGAAAGCAAGGUUGUGGAAGAAGAUGAGGAGUAUAUGCCCAAUAUCAGGAUGAACGCGCUGAUGACGAUGACGACGAUGGUGAGGAGGAACAUUUGGGGAAAAAAUCUUCUGGGACUCGUAAAAAAAAGGGAAAAAGUAAAGGCUCAAAAAGUAAGAAAGUUGCUGGUCAAAUGAGUUUGAGUGGCUUGGAUUAUGUUGAAGAUGAUGAUGAAUUAAUGAAGGCAAUUGCACUCUCAUUGCAAGAUUCUGCUGGAGCUUCAUGUCUAACACAUAAUGAAAGAAAGAAAAAUGCAGAAGAUACAGGAAGGCAGAAGAGAAAAAAAUCGCAGUUUACCAGCCGGGUACAGAUGACUGAAGAUGAAUUGGUCAUACACUUCUAUCAGUUUGAUGAAUCUGGAAAAGGGGGCAUAACUGUAAGAGAUUUACAAAAGAUAGCAUUGGCACAUGAUUUUAUGUGGACAGAUGAGGAGUUGGCUGAUAUGAUCCGUUGCUUUGAUGGUGAUGGAGAUGGGAUGUUAAAUCUUGACGACUUUCGGAAGAUUAUAAGUCGAUGUAACAUGUUAAGAGGAUCUGACACUUCUUGAUGUCCAAAUUUAGCUUUUCGUGUAGUUUUCUGGUGAUGGAAAUUCACAAGAGCUUAUACCAGUGAGUUGCUGCAACUGAAACAUAUUUCUUGCAGGCUUAUAAUGGAAGUGAAGAUCAAUGGAUUUAUUCAAAAAUCAAAUUUGGUAAAAUGGUUUUUCAGAAGGUUGAGAUGCGGAGAAAUCUGAAAUGCUUGAUCUAUGUUUCAAUGAUUGUCUAACUUUUUUCGCCAGAUGAAGUCCAAUGAUUCUUGGUUGUGCGAAAGCACUUUGAUGUCCUGAAUUUAGACGUUAAAUUAAUGCAUCAAAAUUCAUGAUCAA